GCUGACUAUCAAUAUUCUAUAACUCCUUUCCCAAUAGCAUUUGGCAUUUGCUAAGUGUCAUUUUAAAGACGUAGGAGGUUUAAGUUUGGUUCCAAGAACCUUCUAUUUAUUAUUCACAGCAGAUCAAGCAAACUUCUUCAAAUGGGUGAAAAGACCGAAAAUGCUCAUAUAAAUCUUAAAGUUCAAGGACAAGAUGGUUCUGUUGUUCAUUUCAAAAUUAAGAGAAACACUCCGCUACGAAAGCUUAUGAAUGCUUAUUGUGAGAGAACUGGUGUUCGCCAGCCACAAGUUCGAUUUCAAUUUGACGGCACAAGACUAAAUGAUACAGAUACGCCUAUUAAACUCGACUUGGACGAUGGUGAUGCUAUUGAAGUAUUUCAGAAUCAAACGGGCGGUCUAUAA